GGGCCAGCAGCCCCUGGCUCCUGCCCCUCCUCCUCCCUUUCCCCACCCUUAGGAGUGAGGCUGCACUUGCGGCUGCUCCGUGCUCUAUCCCGCCCAGCCUUAGCAGCGCAGGAGCGGGUCCCUGCUGCCCACAGCAGAUGGCAGAACAGUAGCCGCCUGUCAGGGGUCGACAGCAGCUGAGGCAGAAGCGGCGGCCCCUUGGGCCUCAGAGAGAGGGUGUCUCCGGAGGCCAUGGGCUACUCCGAGGUAGAGCGCAGGGAGCCCCUGCCCGCCGCAAAUCCGCGGGAGCGGGUCAGCCAGGGCUGCGGCUGUCGUGGGGCCCCUGCCCGGGCGGGCGAAGGAAACAACUGCCGGCUCUUCCUGGGUUUCUUUGGCCUCUCGCUGGCCCUCCACCUGCUGACGUUGUGCUGCUACCUAGAGUUGCGCUCCGAGUUGCGGCGGGAACGGGGAGCCGAGUCCCGCCUUGGCGGCCCCGGCACCCCUGGCACCUAUGGCACCUUGAGCAACCCCGGGGGCCUCGACCCUGACGGUUCCAUCACCCGCCACUUCGGGCAGCAGUCAUCUCAGCAACAGCCGCUGGUACCGGGAGAAACCACACUCCCCACAGACUCCCAGGACGGACACCAGGUUACUAAGUGCAGAAGAAUAGAUUUCUCCACUGUAUUCAAAACAAUGGCCCUUCUGAAUUUCUUCUUCCCAAAAGAAAAGUCAUACUCUGAAGUGGAAAGUAGGCAUGUUCGUCGCAAUAAAAGAAGCAAAAACAGUGAAGGAGCAGAUGGUCCAGUUAAAAACAAGAAAAAGGGAAAGAAGGCAGGACCUCCUGGGCCCAAUGGCCCCCCAGGACCUCCAGGGCCUCCAGGACCCCAGGGACCCCCAGGGAUUCCAGGGAUUCCUGGAAUUCCAGGAACAACUGUUAUGGGACCACCUGGUCCUCCAGGUCCUCCUGGUCUUCAAGGACCCCCUGGCCUCCAGGGACCUUCCGGUGCUGCUGAUAAAGCUGGAACUCGAGAAAACCAGCCAGCUGUGGUGCAUCUACAGGGCCAAGGGUCAGCAAUUCAAGUCAAGAAUGGUGGAGUGCUCAAUGACUGGUCUCGAAUCACUAUGAACCCCAAGGUGUUUAAGCUACAUCCCCGCAGCGGGGAGCUGGAGGUACUGGUGGACGGCACCUACUUCAUCUAUAGUCAGGUAGAAGUUUACUACAUCAACUUCACUGACUUUGCCAGCUAUGAGGUGGUGGUGGAUGAGAAGCCCUUCCUCCAAUGCACCCGCAGCAUUGAGACAGGCAAGACCAACUACAACACCUGCUACACCGCGGGCGUCUGCCUUCUCAAAGCCCGGCAGAAGAUUGCCAUCAAGAUGGUGCAUGCCGACAUCUCCAUCAAUAUGAGCAAGCACACCACCUUCUUUGGGGCCAUCAGGCUGGGCGAGGCUCCUGCAUCCUAGAUUUCCCCUAUUUUGCCCCUGCCCACAUCCCUGCCCCAGGUCUGGGAGCCAGGACUUCCAGAACCUCAAAAUGCUGCUGUGGAGUGAGGUACAUGGGUGUUGCAGCCAUAGAGAGAAAUUCCCUCAUGCUAUUUAUUCCCCAGUGACUCCAGGAUGACAAGGCCUGCUUGACUUUCCAGAAUGACCUUGAGUUAACAGGACAGUUGACAGAGCCCCAGGGUUUACAUGAAGCAAAACCUUCCCUGGAUCCAUGUUGACUGGCUUCUGGCAUGACUUCAAACUCAAGGUCCCCGUUGUCAGAGUUAUGGUUUGUUGCACUAACAUGAGGGUCCAGGGCAGCAAGCAAGAAAAAGCAGAGGCAUCCUCCAGACUGUGGGGGUGAGCCUCUGACCCCGAGCAGGCUGCUGCUCCCUUCUUGGCUGGGGUUGGGGGGUGGGGUUGGGGCUGGGAGGGAGUGCUGCAGCCUAAGGAGAGGGGCAAGGAGGGAAAAGGCAGGUGCUUGUGGCAGAGACCAAGGAAGAACGCUGCGAAGCGGGCAUCCUGGGUGGUGGAAGCCUUCUUGCUGCUCUGCACUGUGGCUGCCAGAGGGUCAGAGAGCUCUUCCCACUCAGGCUGAGAGCCAUGUUGUUGGCAGCUUGCUGGGUUUUGGGGACAAGAGGUUCUCUCCUCCUUGAAGUGACUGCAGGGCAUAAGCACAAACCUGCCUGUAUAAGAACCUGAAGCCAUACAUGGGGCCACAUGUCUUUCACUUUGUUUGCAGCUGUGCUCCACACUCAGAAAACCCCCUGGGUCUCCUCCCAAUUGUCCCCUUUCCCUGCCUGACUAGAACUCCUGCCUUCUUUCUCCACAGAGCCUACCUCUGUCUGAGACAGGUGCCUAACCUGGGACCUGUGCUUAUGCGAGUUGGGGAUCCUUGUUAGAUUACCUCGGCACAAAGAGAAUUCUCCAUCUCUUAACCAAGAUAAAUACUCAUCUAGUCGAGUUGUAUUUGGGGGCAAAGGGCUGGACUGGAAGACCUCCAGAAGGCCCUUCAAAUUCCAAUAUUUAGGAAGCCACCAUGAUAGCCUUCUAAAAUUCCCAAACUCUAGACUGCUCCUGGGCAUCCACAAGACAGAGCUUUUCCACCUGACCCAGGAAGGGCAAGAGAUGGGGAUAGGACAGAGGGUUUUUUCCAAAUGUGUGGCAACCCAAGCAACUGCUAGCCCAGGCCUUAUCUGAAAGCACUGCAGCUGGUGCCCUCCUGACCUGCCUUUCCUUGUUCUGACUUCAGAAAGCCACAGCAGAGUGUAAUCACCAGAGAUUCCAGGGGUGCUCCCUCGAAUCCAGGCUUAGGAGGAGACAGCGUCCAGGCAUUGCGUGGGGCUCUGCCCUCUUGUCAGCUUGCCAACCUCAAGUUUCCCAGCAGAUCAUAUGGUGGGACCAUUCAAGGGCCAGGGCCCAGCCUGGCUCCUGCACACUGGGUCUAGCCCAAAGCUGGGAAGGCCAGUCUUGUACAGUCUGCUACCCUUGCUCCUGAAACAAUUUUACUUUCAAAGAGAUGGAGAAUAAGUUCCUUUGGGCAGCUGACAUCCACCAAGAACAACAGGUAUUCAUUUUGCAGCUGUGCCUUCUCUUUCCAAGCAACUACACUGCUUGGCCCUCAUGGGUUAGGGGAAGCGGUGGUGUGGGCGAUGCCGCCACUGACUGGUUGUGGAUGACAGCAUGGCAACCUCCAGGGAGGCAGGCUUUAGGCUUCUGUCUGGCCCCAGCCCCGAUAAAGUAUCUCAGACAGUCCUCAAUUGGAGCAGGAACUGAUGAGAACCUCUCCUUAAAAAUUAGAAAGUACAUUCUCUCUUACUAUCUCCUUUGGUAAUAUUAUAAAUCCCAUUGUUUAGAUGAGGUUCAAAGAAGUUAAGUGCUUUGACCAGGAUCUCACCCAGCUUAAGUCACAGACUUGGGGUUUCAGCCAGGUCUGACUCCAAAGCUAUUCCUUUAUGCCACAGCACUGUGUUGAACUUGGGAUCUUGAGAGAACCAGUAAAAAUGGUAAUAGGGACCCCAAACUCUUGAAGGUCCUCGGGUAAACCCCAGAGAUAUUCAUUUUCAUCCCUUGAUGGCAAUGCCUGUUCUCUUGGCUGCCAGGGCAGCUGCUGAUGCUCUGUGGCAAAAGGGUAAGAUGUUUCUUUCGGAAACAGCCAUCAGCCUUAGAGCUCUCGUGGGCCAAAGAAUUGUCUUGGCACCAUGUCUAAGCAGCAGGCGCCAAGUACCCACAGCACCGAUAGCCCUCUUGUUCUCUUACCCACCCAGUGACCCAAGAAACUGCUGUGCGUGGAGCCCCUGCUGCAGGCAAGGUCCUCCCUCCAUUACCCUACAGGCAGCUUACAGGAGCUGGCCCCCUUCCCAUGCUAGUAAGUGACUUCUUAUCUCUUUCUACCAUGCUAUAGAGACCUUUGUGCUACCAGGAUAUCUCAGGAUGGAGGGAAGACCCUACAGAGGACUGGUUCCAGAGCCAAAAGGAUAUGAGGAGAGGGAAGGAAAAGGCUUCCUACUUGUGCCCCUAAAGGACAUUCUAAUACCCAUACUAUUCUCCAGAUCUGGAGGGCAUCAUAGGGGAAAUAGGAUUUGCACAGGACCCUUUAUUCACUGUGAGCCCCCAAAGGGAACCCUAGAGCGAGGUAAGCAAUAAGUAGCCGGGGAGCCCUGUGGCAGCAAAGUUACUGGCAAAAUGGUAACACGGUUUACUAAUAAGAAAGUGUGGAAAUAGAUUUCGAAAGAGUUUGGAAUUAUGAUCAUGUGAGUUUCCCAGAGGGCCAAGCUUGUAUGGAGAAUGCGAUGAGGAUAUUUGUGAGCAAGCAGAUGGCAGAGAUUUGAAGGGAAAUUGCAUGGCGGGUGCCUCUGCCAGCUGCUUGGGCUUUAUCAGCCAAGGCUGGCACAAAAGGCAGCUGUUGGGGACUGCUCAGCUCCUGGUUCCUUGGAAAAUGUAGUCUUUGCUUUAUUUCUGCCUCAUCCAUCCUGAGCCAAAUUUCUUUUGUUGACAGGAAAGGUCUAGGAACCCUGGAGGUAAACAAAGACUUUGACCCACGUGUGUGUAUGUGUUUUGUGAACUUCUGGUGGUUGCAAAUAGAUACAGAGAAAUUUAGAGCUAAAAAGACUCUUAGAGGAAAUCUAACCCAACCUACAUCCAGGUAGCCAUGUUACUCAUGUGGAAACAGAGGUGACCUACCCGAGGGGAACGAGCACUGACCUCCAGACUCACAGAGCAUGGGGGAAGCAGUCCCUGUCCCACAUGGCCCCCUUCUUUCUUCUACCCUCAGACUCAAGGCUGGAAGGGCUCAGCCCCUUUCAGGGACCUGACCAGGCAGGGAGAGAAUAGCUGCAUCCUUCAUCAGAACUCUUCCUCCCGCCAAGGCAUUCUCCCAGCUCAGAGCUCUGGACUGGAAGGCUCUGGACAGGCCUGACACCAGAAAGUCCUGAGGCCACCCUGGCACUGCCUCAAGCCCUGUACCUGCCUGGAGGGCUCCCCUAGCCAUGUGAACAUAAUGAGGGAACUGGGUUUUUGUUUUUCUCUAAGAGGGGUUGGGGUAUGUAAUUUUUUUAUUCAAAAAGCUUCCAGCUGAGGUGGAGGGGUGGGCUUUGUUGUGAGAGUGGCCUGGAGCGGGCUCAGUGCUGUUUUAGAGGUCAGUACCCAGUGUGAGAGACUGUGUAUAUAAACUAUAUAUAAUGUAUAUAAAGUGGGAUGUAUGUUUGUGUAAAUUAAUGGUUUAUUCUUUGCAAAUAAAGCUUUUC